AGCUGUGGACACACCGCGGCCCCGCACCUCGGGACAGUUUUGCCCCUUCCUCCACCCCGGGCCCCGGGGAAUUUGGGGCUGAUGAGCGAAGGUGCUGGCGCCAUUUCUAUGACGCAUGCGCACUGCGGGGACCGUGACCCCCGGGCAUCUGGUCCUGAUGUUCCCCGGGGAAAGUGACCGACACGGGGGACACUUCCAGCGCUUCCCCCGCCGGUGGCGGAGGGGAUGGGAGCGGAUGCAUCCCUCAGACUCGGAACAAAACUGGAGUUCCGGGUUAAUGGCAGCUGAAGUCCGUUUCAGUCACUGAAGAUGUUGGAGACGGCAAAGGAUUUGCGUACGGGAAUCUCAAACCCAUCAGUUCUGCUGUGCUUGACCAGACACUUAAGGAGUGAGCAGACAUUUUCUUUGCAACACCAAAUCUUCCAUUGUCGAUCCUUGAAGAUGAAAAAGUGAUUUAUCUUUAAGUGAAGUUUUCUGUUUAAAUUCAGUGAAAUCCACUGGAACCGGGGUGCUGAGAACACACCAGCAUUUGUUCCCCAGAGAUCAGUUCUUCAUCUGCAUUGAUUGUGCGAGGAAUUCAGUACGUCUCUCAUCUGACUUGGUGACCCUCCCCCCGGAGAAUUGAGAGCAGGGAGAUAUCAUUCGUUAGCUCUCAGUGGGAGAAGGGAUUCAGUCACUCAGCCCACCCACUGACACACCAGUGAGUUCACACUGUGGAGAGGCCGUUCACCAGCCCUGAGUGUGGGAGGGAUAUAAUUCACCCCCAGCAAUGAGACACCAGCGCGUUCACGCUGGGGAGAGGCAGUUCACCUGUUCGGAUUGUGGGAGGGAUAUAAUUUUUCCUGGGCAAUGAGACACCAGCAUGUUCACCCUGAGGAGAGGCUGUUCACCUGCUCAGAGUGUGGGAAGGGAUUUACCUACCCAUCUCACCUGCAGAGACACCAGCGAGUUCACACUGGGGAGAGACCGUUCACCUGCUCAGACUGUGGGAAGGGAUUCACUCAGUCAUCUCAACUGAAGGUACAUCAGCGAAUUCACACUGGGGAGAGGCCGUUCAUUUGCUCAGAGUGUGGGAAGGGAUUUACUCGGUCAUCCCAACUGAAGAUACAUCAGGGAGUUCACACUGGGGAGUGGCCGUUCACCUGCUCAGAGUGUGGGAAGGGAUUUACUCGGUCAUCUCAACUGCAGAUACACCAGCGAGUUCACUCUGGGGAGAGGCCAUUCACCUGCUCAGAGUGUGAGAAGACGUUUACCCACCCAUCUCACCUGCAGAGACACCAGCGAAUUCACACUGGGGAGAGACCAUUUAUCUGUUCCGUUUGUGGGAAGAGAUUUACUCAGUCAGCAGACCUGUUGACACACCAGACAGUUCACACCGGGGAGAGGCCGUAUAUCUGCACUGAAUGUGGGAAGGGAUUUACUCGGUCGUCUGAGCUGCUGGCACACCAGCGAAUUCACACUGGGGAGCGACCGUUCACCUGCUCAGACUGUGGGAAGAGAUUUACCCACCCAUCUCACCUGCAGAGACACCAGCAAAUUCACACUGGGGAGAGGCCGUUCACCUGCUCAGACUGUGGGAAGGGAUUCACUCGGUCAUCAAACCUGUUGACACACCGGAGAGUUCACACUGGGGAGAGGCCGUAUAUCUGCACUGAAUGUGGGAAGGGAUUCAAUCGAUCGUUCCACCUGAAGAGACACCAGCAAGUUCACACUGGGGAGAGACCGUUCACCUGUUCCAUUUGUGGGAAGAGAUUUACUCAGUCAUCAGAUCUGUUGAUACAUCAGAGAGUUCACACUGGGGAGAGGCCGUAUAUCUGCACUGAAUGUGGGAAGGGAUUCACUCAGUCAUCCCACUUGCAGACACACCGGUCAGUUCAUUUUCUCUGAAUGUGGGAAGGGAUUCACUCAGUUAUCCCACCUACAGACACACCGGUCAGUUCAUUUUCUCUGAAUGUGGGAAGGGAUUUACUCGGUUCUCCCACCUACAGGCACAUCAGUCAGUUCACACCGGGGAGAGGCCGUUCACCUGCCAGACUGUGGGAUGGGAUUUAUUCACCCAUCUCACCUGCAGAUACAGCAGCAAGUUCACACUGGGGAGAGCCCGUUCAUCUGCACUGAAUGUGGGAAGGGAUUCACUCAGUUGUCCCACCUUGUGAAACACCGGCGAGUUCAAACUGGAGAAAGUGUUUCAGUGAGCAGGAUGCUGGAUGAUUAACCAUCGUGAUUGCUGAAUUCAGAGACGAUCAAAGAUGACUGUGUCAGACUGUAGUGAUUGCUGCUUCUCAUCCCACCAGAUCUUCUGGUCACUGGGUGAGGGAGCAGUUUCUUCAGCGAUUGUUCACCGUUACACACACACGCACACGCGCGCACACACACAAACACACACACACACGGUGGUGCAGCUGUAUAUGGAAUCUUUCCCAUGUGCAAUGGCAUUUUCUGUUCUCAAAUCUGGUUCCCGUACUCACAUCUCCAGAAAUGAUCACAACCUGUGAAGUUGAACCCAUCUGACGCCGCAUCAGAUCUCAGCCAGCUAGCGAUCGAUAAGAGGUCGGAGGAAUUACAUUAUGAUGGAUUGAGGACUCAGUCAUUGUAAAAACGAUAGACUGCAGAUGUUGGAAAUGUGGAGCAAGACGCACAAAAUGCUGGAGGAACUCAGCAGGUCAGGCAGCAUCUAUGGAGGAGAAUAAAGAGUUGGCAGUUCUGGCCGAGACCCUUUAUCACAACACUGGGAAAGAGUCCUGAUAAAGUGUCUUGGCCCAAAAAAUUGUCAGUUUAUUCCUCUCCAUAGAUGCUGCCUGACCUGCUGAGUUCCUUCAGCAUUGUGUGUGUGUGUUGCUAUGGGAGCAGUGUUGAGAUUAAGUUACAUUUGUAUUAAAUGGAAAUUCAGGGUAUUGUGAUGAAAUGAUUAUUUGGAGUAUCGUCAGUGCUUUGCCAUUCACCAUGCUCCUACCCUGCUUUGAAUGUCUAACUGGGAAUUUGGGAAGGUGCAUUGAUGGUGAAUGGGAUUUGAAGAAUCGUGUUGGAAUUACGGUACUUGGGGUGUUAGAAGAUUGAACUGUUGAUAAGUGGAGGUCCAGGGAAUUAAAUUAGGAUUAAACGAAUAUUUGGGGAACUGAGUGGAGAUUUGGGGAAGGAAAUUGUUAUUACGUUGGAAUUUGGGGAAUUAAAUGAAGACAUGGGGAACUGCAUUGGGUCAGAUGGGAUUCAGGAGCUACCACUGGAUUAUAUCAUUUGGAUUGUAUGUGGAUUAUGUGCGGACUGGGGUCCAGUGACGAGUGGAGUGUCUGUGUUAGGGGCUCUGAUAUUCAUUAGCGAUGUAACAUUUGGAUAUGGAUGUGCCCAGCACAACCUGCGUCACUAAACUAGAGGGUCCAGUGGGGACUGAAGGAGGUUACAAUGAAUUACAAAGACAUCUUGAUCAGUCGGCUGAGGAGGGGGAAAUGGUUUUCAAUUUAGGUCAUUGUGAAGUGUUGAGGUUUAGACAUUCAAAUCAGGCUAGGACCAGGGGGAAUGGGUUGGCACGGAGGAGUGUGUGGAACAGGGGGUGCUGGGUGUACCAGCACACAUUUCACCGAGUGGCUGCACGGGGAGACAGUGUAGUGAAAGCAGCUUUUAACCCGCUGGCCUUCAUCAGUCGGGGCAUCGAGUUCAGCAGGAGGGACGUGAUGUUGCAGUUCUACAAGUCAUUGUUCGGUCCUCACUUGGAGAAGAGAGUACAAUGUGGGUCACCCUGUAACAGGGAAAACACUGUCGAGCUGCAGAGGGUGCAGAAGAGAUUUACGAGGCUGGUACCCAGACUCGAGAGCUGAGUUGUAGGGAGAGGUCGGUCACGCUGGAGUGUAGGAGAAUGAGGAGUGACCUCCUGGAGGUUUAUAAAGUCAUGAGGGGUUCAUAGACUUUUUCCCAGAUUUGGUGAGUCUAAUAUUAAAGGGCAGAGAUACAUGAGAAGAGGGAGAGAUUUAAAAGAGACCUGAGAGGAAAAUUAUAUCCACAGGGGGCAGUGAGUACCUGGAAUGAGCUGCCAGAGGAAGUGUUCGAGGUGGGUACAGUUGUAACAUUUAAAACUCAUUUGGCUAUGUACACGGAGGGAAGUGUUUGGAAGAUUAGUGGCUGACCAUGGGCAACCGGGACUAGCAGGAAUGAUGCUCCCUACAGUGGUCAGCAUGGACCAGUUGGGCUGAAGGGCCUGUUUCUGUGCCGUAUUACUCUGUGACUCCAUGAAGACAAUGAGCAGCAGAACACAAAGGAGCUGGAGGGACUCAGCGGGUCAGUCAGUGUCUCUGACGGGAAAUGGACAGUCGACAUUUCAGGUCAAGACCUCGUAUCUGCACUGACUGCUGGUAUAAGAAGUGGUGGAGCAAGACCUGGGUGGUAGGUAGAUCCGGAUGAGGAGGGCUGGAUGGAGACAGUGACAGUGGCUGGGAGACCAAAGGUGCAGGUGACAAAUGGUU